AUGGCUGAACUCGUAUCGCCCUCAGGAAUCCUCCCUCGUAUACCCGACGACCUCACGCUUGCGCAGUUCGUAUUGGAUGCGGAGCAUGUCAGGAGGCCCGUUCGUAAGAAUGGUGCCUGGAUUAUUGAUGAUCAGAGUGGGAGAAAGAUUGGGCUUGAGGAGCUUAGAGCUCGGACGUAUGGUUUGGCUAAUGCGUUGAGUAUCCGCUAUAGCAUCCUGUUGAUCUACAGUCCAAAUCAUAUUGAUUAUCUUGUGGCUACUUGGGCGGCUCAUAGACUUGGUGCUGCCGUAUCCGGUGCCAACCCGCUAUUCACAGUUGACGAACUUGUGUAUCAAAUCAGUACAGUGAAAGCAGCCGUCAUCAUCACGCACCCGGAUUCGCUCAAGGUGGCCCUGUCGUCUGCACAUGCCGCUGGUGUAUCUGCGGAUCGCAUCAUUCUUUUUGACGUCGAGGAUGCGGAUACCGCGCAGAAAUUGACUGUGCAAGCUUUGGUUUCACAAGGUCUUGCGAGUGCUCCGAACUUCACAGAACGAAAACUUGCUCCUGGUGAAGGGAAAACUAAGGUGGCCUUUCUGAAUUUUUCCAGUGGGACAACUGGUCGCCCGAAGGCCGUUGCAAUACCCCACUACUCGCCGAUUGCAAAUGUCAUUCAGCUUGCUACGCACCACAAAGUUGGCGAGGAAUAUGCCGGACAACGAUUUAAACCUGGCGACGUAUGCUGUGCCGUGCUUCCUUUAUACCAUAUUUAUGGACUAGUGUUCAAUGCACAUUUUGCCCUUUUCUGCGGAAUGACGGUUGUCUUAACAGCAAAAUAUAACUUUCUGGACUUUUUGAAGAGUAUAACCAGGCACCACAUUACCCAUCUUAUGUUGGUCCCCCCACAACUUGUACAAUUAUGCAAGCAUCCAGCUGUCAAGAGUUGCGAUUUUAGUCAUGUCCGAUAUGUCACCUCGGGCGCUGCACCCUUGUCUCGUGAGGUAAUGGAGC